UGUACACAAAUGAAUUCGUCGUGUUGUGAACUUUACAACGCGUCCAACAGGCUCUGGGAACGAAAUUGACUAACAUCAUUGUAUACGCAUGCGUACACUUGAAAUGUUCGGGCAAAAGAUUUCAAGUUUGGCUCGCCAAAUUCAACAUGGCGUCGACCACUGGAAGCGGCCAUGGAGGGAGAAGGCAAAACUCAGGUAGAAAGCGAAAGUUUGUCGAUGGAAAAGACGCUAGGAAGGAGUGGCAUAGAUGCCACAAACGCAUCUACCUAGAAAAGAAUAUAUUUCAAUCGUGGCUUCAGGUGAAAUUCAUCGCAGGGUUUGAAGCGCGUAGUGACAGUGCGUUCGCGGAGUAUUUGCUGUCACAGGAAGUUCGUAGAACAUCACCUAUAGAGGUUUCAAGUGCUCUUCCAAGUUCGAAUUUUCACAGGAGGCGAAAAGCCUCCAACCCGCGAAAACAUGUGAUCAAGCAAAGUGCGGAAGGUGAAGGGACACAGACCUCAAUGUCGGAGAAGUCUUCGGAUCAGUCAGCUGUCGAUGAACCAGCAAUCGCUGGCCCCGAUACACAGGCGAGUCAACUUCCCUCAACUUCGACCCCGGACUCAACUUCCCUCGAUGGAAACAGCAACCCAACAAAUCUUAUAACAACUCAUAAAAAGACAAAUAACUGCCCAACUUUUACAGAAACGCAACACAAUUCACCACAAAUGCACGAUACAGAGACAAAGGAGGUAUAACUGCUUCAUCAGCAAUGACAUGAUGCAACCCUCAAAAACCUCCUUACCAAGCCUAGCACAUUUGAACGGACGAACAGUGCUCGAGUGCGUCGUUUUAAACUUCGUUUUCCUCAGAAUUUCUACCACGAGACGGAAAUGUGCCUAGCAACUUCACAGCUGAUCAUAAUAAUCAAGGGUCAAACCAAAAAUAGUGUUGAAAUUGACUUUUUGGACAUUUUGUUAUGGUUUUUCACAUUCUGGACAAUAGUUGGAUUUGAAUCAAACCGUAAAGAAAAUCCAGCAAUGUUUAAAUACGGCGUCGGGGACGUGUUGAGGAGGCCUAGGGCUCGAGAAGUUGCCUCAUGGUACUUGUUUCCAGGCAACUAUGAACUCUAAGGAUCUCAAGUGAAACACAUUCGAGUAUUCAAUUUGAGGCACCUAGCUUGGAGGGCGGGAGGUGACUUAUGUUUCAGGUUAAGAAGCACCCAAUGAAGCGUUAAGUGUUCACAUUAAUUAAAAAGUUAAAACAAUUAUUUUCUGCAGGUAAUUUUAACCUUCAAAAGGUUCAUUUUAAUGUUCAAUAUGGUCAUACUCCACAAAUAACUCUUCCAGACAGACCAAGCUUAAUAAUUUAUUACUCAACCAUUUAAGGCCUAGUAAGCCAUGAAGGAUAAUCUCUUUUGCAUCCCACAAAAGAAAACAACUUUGGUCAACAGCUUUGCCAAUAAGUUACUAAGAUUUUAGGAAAAUAAGAUUGAAUUGAAUGUUUCUGACAAAGAAACAAGUCUUGGGAGGGAAUUGUGGGGGUGGGGAGUGGGGGGUAUUGCAAUGAUGGGGGUGCUAGUCAUACUUAUAGAAGUUAAAAAUUGUUGUGUUUUUCUUAUAUACUGUGGUACUGUAGAUGAUUUUCAUUAAUUAGUAAUAGAUCUUGAAAUAAUCGCUCUGAGGUAGCUUCAACCAUGCCACAGAAAUGUACUCUAAUAUCUUAUAUUCUUUUUAAUCUGAUGAGCACCCCCAUCACUGUUCAGAGAUUAUUUCACCCUGCCCCCUUCCCAGAGAACAGAAAAUACAAAUUAUUGGAGACAAGAUAAUUACUACAACAAAUCUACAAUUUCACAGUUAGAUAUGUAGCUGGUCUAAUGAUUGCACCUGUGGUAUUUUUAAGUUUCAUGGACGAGUCAAAAUGACCCCCUAAAACGUCAAAAUUAUUGUAUUUUUAUGACAAGGUUGCAGUGUGGAUCAGUAAGCGUGAACACUAGCAUUACUUGUGGAAUGCACCUUCCAGAAAUAUCCACACCCCUACACAAAACUGUUCUGGGGUAACUUCAGUUAUGGCACAGAAGGUUACUGGUUUGAACCCCCAACCCCACCCAUCUGGAAUUUCCAGUUCAGCUUCAUACUUUCUCUAAUUAAUUGUGGCUUUUCAGACCUUCUAACUAGGUGUGGAUAUUUCCUGGAAGGACAAAAUGCUGUUUUGUGAGGGAAAUCAAUCAUGUGAGAUGAAUGAAAUACAAACUGUACUGUUAAUUUUCCUGUGGUUUGCCCUAUCAACUAGUUGGCCUUUGCACACUCAAUGCAUCAAAGUCAAAUCAAAUCAAAGCAUUAACACUUUUAAAUCUGCACAAAAAACAUUGUGCUAACAUCACAUAAUUUCAAUGGAUUGUACUAAGGGCAGAUAAAUUAUGACAACAACUACCUGCUCAGAAUUUUUUCCAUGGGAAACAAGUACUUCUUGUGUCACUUUAACCAUAAUUACCUACUUUUUAAAGAAAAAGUGAAUCGAGCAAGUGUUCUGAACAUCUACAUAAUUGCUGUAAGUCAUAAAUUAAACAUUAUUUUUGUUUUCUUGUAUAAUUCUAUCUUGGUCUGAUGUCCGAGUUUCUUUUCUUCCAUACAAUUUUCAUUUCACAAAAAGAAUACAUCCCACAUCAGAAAUCACAAGUAAGUCCAGGUUCACCUACUGUCACUUAGAGCUGAGCAUUUUAGAAGCACUCUGGUGAAAAGGUGACCACUUCACUCCUCAACUCACCAACCAUGUAGGAAUGUCAGUGAAACCUAGUACAACACUAACACAUAUUUUCCCUAAAAUGACAUCAGCAGUUUUAAACAGACAGCAAGCUCCCGCAAAGGCCUUUUAAUUGGUUUGCUAUCUGGUUAAUAACAAAUCCCAGUUUGUGACAAUUAAAAUAUUGAUUCAUUUCUAUUUGAAAUGAUCAUGUUCAACCACUUUGCAUUGUCCCUUAUAAUUUCAAGGGAUAAUGUACGUUAUACUGACCAUUUGCACCCCCAAAAAUAAUGCACACUAAAACCACAAUAUUAAUACACUGUCCACAACACAUUACGGCAGCUAAAUGCAUUAUCAUCCGUGUCUCAUCUAAUAUACUUGUAUAGCUAUUAAUAGUAACAAUGUCAGAUUUUCCAUGUAGUGUAGUUCCAGCCUACUUAGCAACAAACAUCACCUGCACCAUCACAUAGUUUCAUCGGUACCAUUGAAUGCAUGAGCAACAUGUACCAAAUUGUCCAAUCCUUGAGUCUUUGAAUUUGUGUGGAAAUGUUUCAUUCUGUUCUGUUAACUGACAGCCUCUUCUUUGAGCAGCACUGAAUUGAUAAGCCAAUUUGCCAGUCAAAAUGUACGUUUCUCUUUUCUCUUUUUUUUCCCUCUAAACAGUUAGUUCUCCAUGCGAUGUGCACUGUUCAUCAGAUUUGACAACCAACUUGAUUAUUAAAUGGGCCACAUAUCUGGCAAAUCUAUCCUGUGUCUUAGCUGUUGGUGUAUUUUUCUCUUCGCGUCCAUAGCCCAAGUGUGACUUAUUGAUAA